AUGGCUUCAUCUCCUAUGGGUGAACAUGGCACCUUCAAACCUGCACCGGGACCACAGUCUCAGAACAAGCCGGGAUUGGAGAGCAAAAUGAUAAAUCCCAGUGAGUCGACCAAACUGGAAGGCCUUCAUGGCUUCUCGGAAUAUAUGGGUUCCGGAAAGUUGAAGGGCAAAAAUGCUCUUAUCACUGGCGGGGAUUCUGGGAUUGGAAGAUCAGUUGCUAUUCUGAUGGCUAGAGAGGGCGCGGAUAUUACCAUCGUUUAUUUGCCCUCAGAACAGCUAGACGCAGAGACAACCAGAAAGUCUAUUGAGCAAGAGAAGAGGAGUUGCCUUCUCAUCCCAGCCGAUUUAAGAGAUCGCAAAUUGUGCCAGCACGCAGUGGAUGAACAUGUGAAGAAAUACGGCACGGUCAAUAUACUUGUCAACAAUGCGUCGGAACAGUACCUAUGUACGGAAUUCGAGAACACAGAUCUGGAUAAGACUGAAGACAUCUUCAAAACCAAUAUUAUCCAGAUGAUUGCGAUGACGAAGUUUAGUCUUCCUCAUAUGGCACGAGGUGAUUCGUGGGUGCUUUCUUCUCUGAUCUAUAUCAUCAUAUACUCACGCACUUGCUGCAGGAUCAUCAAUACUUCUUCUAUCGUGACUUUUCGUGGCUCGAAAACCAUGAUUGAUUAUGCCGCAACCAAGGGAGCUGUUAUUGGUUUUACUAGGUCUUUAGCACAAUCCUUGAUUCCAAAGGGUAUUCGGGUCAAUGCAGUCGCGCCAGGUGCAGUUUAUACACCAAUUCAAGUUGACACUCGAGAUGCCCAACAGAUGGAAGGAUGGGGUGGCGGGGCUAGCAUUGGACGACCAGGUGAGCCUAGUGAGGUUGCAACAAGCUUCGUCUUCUUGGCCAGUGCGGACGCCUCUCUAUACUAUGGGCAAGUGAUGCAUUGUUACCCGCUUGGUGACUAA